GCGGGAAUUGGAGCGCGGACAGGACCACCGGCGCGGGCUGGCGGGGCAGGUGCAGACCCCGCUGCAGACCGAGACGAGCGUAUGGCUCCGCAGUGCGUCUGCGUGCUGGCUCUGGCGGCUGUGCUGCUGCCAGGCGUCUCCACCAUGUCCACAGGGAAGGGCCGGGAGCGGCACAUCCCUUCUCAGUUCAACCAAGGCGAGCGCUUCGCCAUGAAGGAAGCGCUGAAAGGUGCCAUCCAGAUUCCAACAGUGUCUUUCAGUCCUGACGACAUUAACACUACAGCCCUGGCCGAGUUUGGAGAAUUCAUUCGUACAGUCUUUCCUACAAUUUUCAAAACUAGGUUUAUCCAACAUGAAGUCAUAGGAGAGUACAGCCACCUGUUCACUGUCCAAGGCUCGGACCCCAGCUUGCAGCCCUACAUGCUGAUGGCUCACAGUGAUGUGGUGCCUGCCCCUGAUGAAGGCUGGGAGGUGCCUCCGUUCUCUGGGUUGGAGCAUGAUGGCUUCAUCCAUGGCCGAGGCACACUGGACAACAAGAACUCUUUGAUGGCAAUUCUGCAGGCCCUGGAGCUCCUGCUGAUCAGAAACUACAUCCCCCGAAGAUCUUUCUUUAUUGCUCUGGGCCAUGAUGAGGAGGUGUCAGGACAGAAUGGGGCUCAGAAGAUCUCAGCCCUGCUACAGGCAAGGGGUGUCAAGCUAGCCUUCAUUGUGGACGAGGGUAACUUCAUCUUGGAUGGUUUCAUUCCCUACCUCAAGAAGCCCUUUGCCAUGAUCGCAGUCUCAGAGAAGGGUGGGAUUAACCUCAGGCUGCAAGUAAACAUGACUCCAGGCCACUCCUCAGCUCCCCCCAAGGAGACAAGCAUUGGCAUCCUCGCAGCUGCUAUCAGCCGCCUGGAGCAGACACCACUGCCGAACAUGUUUGGAAGUGGGCCAUUGAAAACGACAUUGCAGGAACUGGCAAAUGAGUUCCCUUUUCCUGCCAAUAUUGUCUUGAGAAACCUAUGGCUGUUUGGGCCCCUUGUAAGCAGGUUAAUGGAGAGGAAUUACAUAACCAAUGCACUGGUCAGGACCACGAUGGCACUCACCAUGUUCAAUGCAGGAGUCAAGAUGAAUGUCAUCCCCCCGAUGGCCCAGGCCAUAAUCAACCUCCGGAUUCACCCUGCACAGACAGUCCAAGAGGUCCUAGAACUCGUUAAGAACAUUGUGGCUGACGACCGGGUCCAGUUCCACGUGUUGACUGCCUUUGACCCCCUGCCUGUCAGCCCCUCUGAUCAUCAGGCCUUGGGCUACCAGCUGCUCCGCCAGACCAUACAGUCCAUCUUCCCGGAAGUCAACACUAUUGCCCCAGGUAUUUGUAUUGGCAACACAGACAGCAGACACUAUACGAACCUCACCACUAGCAUCUACCGGUUCAACCCCGUCUACCUGCAUCCUCAGGACUUCCGUAGCAUCCAUGGAAUCAAUGAGAAAAUCUCAGUCCAAGCCUAUGAGACCCAGGUGAAAUUCAUCUUUGAGUUUAUCCAGAAUGCUGACACAUACCAGGAGCCAAUUCCUCACCUGCACGAACUAUGAGGUCGAGGAGCCAGCUGGACUAACCGUGCCUACCCGGGGCAAAGCUAAUGUCGAUGAAACUUUGGGUCAAAACCACAUUGUGAUCCAUCACCCACUUGCCUUACUCACUCCUGAAAUCACCAAAGAACAAGGCCAAGGGUAGAGAAGGGCUGGCAGGAACCUCUUUUCUUCCUUCCUCCAAACAUCUGCAUCCCUUGGCUGACCAACAUUUACUGCCUUGUCAGUAUCCUAGAAGUUACUGGGCUUGUUUGUCUUAUACGGGUUAUUUAACUGCUCCUUGUUAAGGCCUGACUUGACAAACAAAGAAUUAGAAAAUCUCAACUGUUUUUACCUUC